AUGCUGCUGGAGCUGGGGUCCCUGCUGGUGGAGGGGUUUCCCUCACCCUGCCCCCCGGCCUGCCAGUGCUACGACACCUCCAAAGUCUUCUGCUCGGAGGAGAGGAUGCGGGAGAUCCCUGCAGGCCUGCCAGGGAAUGCCACCCAGCUCUUCUUCAUGGAGACGGCCCUAAGCAGCGUCCGCAGUGGGGCCCUGGGCUCCAGCACCACCCUCACCAAGCUGAACCUGCGCUUGCCAGGGAAUAAGAUCGAGACGCUGCCCCCCGGCAUCUUCCGCCCACUCCGGCGCCUUCAGACCCUGGACCUCUCACAGAAUGCACUGGCCGAGCUGCCGGCUGGGCUGCUGGCCCCCCUCACUGCCCUCCUCCUCCUCAAGCUCAGUGAAAACCUGCUGGUGCGGGUGGCCCCUGGCACUUUUGGGGCACUGAGCCACCUGGAGGGCAACCGCCUGGCCACCUUGCCUGCCACCCUCCUUGCCAGCACCCCUCACCUCCUCCACCUCUCACUGGCCCACAACCUGCUGGAGACGCUGCCCCAGGGACUCUUCUCCAACCUUGUGCCUGCUGGGCUGCUGGCCGGGCUGCCCCUCCUCACCGCCCUGGCACUGGACCACAACCGCCUGGCCCGCCUGCCCCCACGACUCUUCGAUGCCAGUGAGGAGCUGGCACGCGUCGGGCUGGCCGACAACCCCUGGGCCUGUGACUGCCACCUGGCCUAUCUCCUGGGCUGGCUGCAGGGCUUUGCUGAACCCCUCACCCAUGCACAAGCCUCCUGUGCCAGCCCGGCCGCCCUCCGGGGACGAUCCCUACUGGAGGUCCCCCAGAGGCAGCUGGAGUGCCCAGGAGAGGCCAGCAUCCCCCCAGAGGAGGGCUGGGACGGGGUGCUGGGGGAGGAUGCUCCAGGGCAGUGCACCUACAGCAACCCCGAGGGCACCAUAAGCAUGGCCUGUGAUGCCACAAGCUGCCAGCAGCUCAGCCUUCGCCUCCCUCCUCCUCCUGGGCCAGCAGUGGGGCCAGGGCCGGUGUACCAGGGCACCUGGGUGCUGCGAUCCCGCUGUGGCACGCUGCAGGUCAGUGUCCUCGUCACCAUGCAGAGUGGGGAUGAGGUCGCGUCGCCAGGUCUCCCUGCUGUGCCCUAG